UUCAUACUAUCCAGUAGUAUUGAGUACAGACUCGAAAUAGUGUAUUUUAUUGCUAUUAAAAUCAAAAGUUAAAUACAAAAUUCGUAGUAUUUAAAACUUACGGUUAAUUAUCUCGUAAAAUGAGGCCGAUACGAUUUUCGUCUGUCCAUUUGUGCAUAUUCUGUCUCCUGUUUUUGGAGAUUCACCAACAUGCGCUUCAAGCAGCGCCGGCCCACCGUUCGCACGAAUUGGGCUCCCAGGUGAUCCACCACCAUGCGAUACAAGAGGCGCCGGCUCAAAGUUCGCACCGUCAUCCAGACUCCCCCGAAUCGCUCAAGGAUCUCCACCUUGAGUUUCAGGGGCCAAAUAGACCAGAGGAAAACACGGAACAUGGACAGUCACGGGAAUUGGGCUCCCAGGUGAUCCACCACCAUGCAAUACAAGAGGCGCCGGCUCAAAGUUCGCACCGUCAUCCAGACUCCCAGGAAUCGCUCAAGGAUCCCCAACUUGAGUUUCAGGGGCAAAAUAGACCCGAGGAUAACACGGACCAUGGGCAGUCACGGGAAUUGGGCUCCCAGGUGAUCCACCACCAUGCAAUACAAGAGGCGCCGGCUCAAAGUUCGCACCGUCAUCCUGACUCCCACGAAUCGCUCAAGGAUCCCCACCUUGAGUUUCAGGGACCAAAUAGACCCGAGGUUAGCACGGACCAUGGGCAGUCACGGGAAUUGGCCUCCCAGGUGAUCCACCAUCAUGCGAUACAAGAGGCGCCGGCUCAAAGUUCGCACCGUCAUCCAGACUCCCAAGAAUCGCUCAAGGAUCUCCACCUCGAGUUUCAGGGGCCAAAUAGACCCAAGGAUAGCACGGACCAUGGGCAGUCACGGGAAUUGGGAUCCCAGCUGAUCCACCACCAUGGGCUACAAGAGGCGCCGGCCCCCCGUUCGCACCAUCAUCAAGACUCCCACAAAUCGCUCAAGGAACCUCACCUUGAGCUUCAGGGGCAAAAUAGACCCGAGGAUAACACAGAGUAUGGACAGUCACGGGAAUUGGGAUCCCAGCUGAUCCACCACCAUGGGCUACAGGCGGCGCCGGCCUCCCGUUCGCACUAUCAUCGAGACUCCCACAAAUCGCUCAAGGAACCUCACCUUGAGUUUCAGGGGCCAAAUAGACCCGAGGAUAACACGGACCAUGGGAAGUCACGGGAAUUGGGCUCCCAGGUGAUCCACCAUCAUGCGAUACAAGAGGCGCCGGCUCAAAGUUCGCAACGUCAUCCAGACUCCCACGAAUCGCUCAAGGAUCCCCACCUCGAGUUUCAGGGGCCAAAUAGACCCAAGGAUAGCACGGACCAUGGGCAGUCACGGGAAUUGGCCUCACAGGUGAUCCACCAUCAUGCGAUACAAGAGGCGCCGGCUCAAAGUUCGCACCGUCAUCCAGACUCCCAGGAAUCGUUCAAGGAUCCCCAACUUGAGUUUCAGGGGCAAAAUAGACCCGAGGAUAACACGGACCAUGGGCAGUCACGGGAAUUGGCCUCCCAGGUGAUCCACCAUCAUGCGAUACAAGAACCGCCGGCUCACAGUUCGCACCGUUAUCUAGACUCCCACAAAUCGCCCAAGGAACCUCACCUUGAGUUUCAGGGACCAAAUAGACCCGAGGAUAGCACGGACCGUGGACAGACUCGGGAAUUGGCCUCCCAGGUGAUCCACCAUCAUGCGAUACAAGAGGCGCCGGCUCAAAGUUCGCACCGUCAUCCAGACUCCCAGGAAUCGCUCAAGGACCCCCAACUUGAGUUUCAGGGGCAAAAUAGACCCGAGGAUAACACGGACCAUGGGCAGUCACGGGAAUUGGCCUCCCAGGUGAUCCACCAACAUGCGAUACAAGAACCGCCGGCUCACAGUUCGCAACGUCAUCCAGACUCCCACGAAUCGCUCAAGAAACCUCACCUUGAGCUUCAGGGGCAAAAUAGACCCGAGGAUAACACAGAGUAUGGACAGUCACGGGAAUUGGGAUCCCAGCUGAUCCACCACCAUGGGCUACAGGCGGCGCCGGCCUCCCGUUCGCACCAUCAUCGAGACUCCCACAAAUCGCUCAAGGAACCUCACCUUGAGUUUCAGGGGCCAAAUAGACCCGAGGAUAACACGGACCAUGGGAAGUCACGGGAAUUGGGCUCCCAGGUGAUCCACCAUCAUGCGAUACAAGAGGCGCCGGCUCAAAGUUCGCAACGUCAUCCAGACUCCCACGAAUCGCUCAAGGAUCCCCACCUCGAGUUUCAGGGGCCAAAUAGACCCAAGGAUAGCACGGACCAUGGGCAGUCACGGGAAUUGGCCUCCCAGGUGAUCCACCAUCAUGCGAUACAAGAGGCGCCGGCUCAAAGUUCGCACCGUCAUCCAGACUCCCAGGAAUCGCUCAAGGAUCCCCAACUUGAGUUUCAGGGGCAAAAUAGACCCGAGGAUAACACGGACCAUGGGCAGUCACGGGAAUUGGCCUCCCAGGUGAUCCACCAUCAUGCGAUACAAGAACCGCCGGCUCACAGUUCGCACCGUUAUCUAGACUCCCACAAAUCGCUCAAGGAUCCCCACCUCGAGUUUCAGGGGCCAAAUAGACCCAAGGAUAGCACGGACCAUGGGCAGUCACGGGAAUUGGCCUCCCAGGUGAUCCACCAUCAUGCGAUACAAGAGGCGCCGGCUCAAAGUUCGCACCGUCAUCCAGCCUCCCAGGAAUCGCUCAAGGAUCCCCAACUUGAGUUUCAGGGGCAAAAUAGACCCGAGGUUAGCACGGACCAUGGGCAGUCACGGGAAUUGGCCUCCCAGGUGAUCCACCAUCAUGCGAUACAAGAACCGCCGGCUCACAGUUCGCACCGUCAUCUAGACUCCCACAAAUCGCCCAAGGAACCUUACCUUGAGUUUCAGGGACCAAAUAGACCCGAGGAUAGCACGGACCGUGGACAGACUCGGGAAUUGGCCUCCCAGGUGAUCCACCAUCAUGCGAUACAAGAGGCGCCGGCUCAAAGUUCGCACCGUCAUCCAGACUCCCAGGAAUCGCUCAAGGAUCCCCAACUUGAGUUUCAGGGGCAAAAUAGACCCGAGGAUAACACGGACCAUGGGCAGUCACGGGAAUUGGCCUCCCAGGUGAUCCACCAUCGUGCGAUACAAGAACCGCCGGCUCACAGUUCGCACCGUCAUCUAGACUCCCACAAAUCGCCCAAGGAACCUCACCUUGAGUUUCAGGGACCAAAUAGACCCGAGGAUAGCACGGACCGUGGACAGACUCGGGAAUUUGGCUCUUGGUCCGAAAUGCCCAUGAGACUCUUUCACCUAGUUAGCGAAAAUCCAACGACAGUGGACAGUAGUGGCGACCGUAACCAGCGAAAGACCAGCGCUAUGCAACGACAAGCUAAAAAGCAUCUUUCCCCUCGUACAAGGACAUCGGGAACGAGUGAACGGCACAAGGAGCUCACCAUACCACUAGCGCGCGGAAUAGUAAACAUCCACGGCAGGCGGAUCGCAAACCCUUGGGCUGUCACCUACGGGGAUGUGUGGAGGGACACGCGUCUCGCUGCCGGGCAGCUAAGCAGAAUGCCCCGUUUACACUUGGCGUCGUCGCCAAUCGUAAACUACUAUCCUGACGAGGCCAAGCUUGCCAGCGUGUGCAAGUCGACCAUAUUUAUGCAAAAAUACGGCAUGCCACGUAGGAUGGCGUCCUGGACUUGGAUUCAGUACCAUAUCUACCGGAAAGCCUUCACUUACAGACGCAUGGACCUAAAACAAUGGCAUCGCCAAGCAGUUCUUGACGUAGACUGCCACCGCUUUAAUAAUAAGAAAACAACGGUCCUUGCAUAUUUGGAAUGCGCGUUAAGUCGCUAUCAGAGAAAUGAAUAUCAAAUACCCCAGUAUCCAAAGCGCCAGAACCAACUAUUCUAUGACAACUAGAUCACAGCAACUUUUGAAAAAUUCUAGAUAAAAAUAAAAAUAUGAAACAAAUCAUCGUUUGCAC